ACCGGCUAAUGACAAACGGGUCGAAACGUUGCGGAAAAAAAGAAAACAGAACAUUUUCUCUUGGAUCGGUGCGGAUCUGUGCAAAAUUCUAAACAUGUGCAGUGUUGAUAAUACGAAGCGUAUCGCAACCUUCCUGGAGGUUCCGCUUGGAAAAGUGGGAUACAAUGCUGAAAAGAUCCUGACGAGAACGAAAUCCGCCCAAGAACCAAGCAUUUCCGGAUUUUCCUCAAUCAUCCAGUCUUUAAUUCGAGAGUCGAAAAAGUCGUCGGUUCGGCAGGCUCAUUCCGAUUUCGAAACAGAAUGCCAGAUAUUGCAGUGGCUGGAUUACGCCGUACUGUUUGUGGCUCCAUCAAACAAGGACAAACACACCGCCAAGAGCCUGCUGGACGAACUUAAUUUCUACUUGCAAAGCAGAUCCUAUUUGGUAAAUGAUACCCUCAGCGUAGCGGAUGUAGUAGUUUUUCAUACCAUCCACGAGACUAUGGCAAAUCUUCAACCACUCGAAAAGGAAAACUUCCUUAACGUUUCCCGGUGGUUCCAUCACCUUCAGCAAAUGGGAGAGGUUCGUCAAGGAAAAAAUCUGCUCAACUUUUCAACCCUGCAGCUGCUGGAAUGGGCUACUGGUACUCAUACCUAAACCUUGGUUUUAUGGUUCUAUCCCCUUCAAGAGUUUUGUUCAAAUUUAAUGAAAUUAUUAUAGCUGUUUUUGCGUGGGCUAAUUCAUUGGCCAGAUUAAAUUACCUGGCCGUGGACGGAACACGGUAAUAAGAGUUAUAAUUAUUUUCUUUUUAUUUAAACUUCUGUAACUUCUAAAGCUGGAAGCAAGUGUCUCAAAUUGAUUUGUAAUAAAUUAUGUGUACCCUA